AUGGCUGAGGCGGACCCCCUGCAGCCGCAGCAGCAGCAGCCGCAGCCGCAGCAGGCGGACCACGGGGCGGGGAGCCUGCCCGGCCUGCUCCUCCCCGGGCUGCAGGGCGCCGAGGCCAGUGCGCUGCAGCUCCGGAUCAAGAACUCCAUCUGCAAAUCUGUUCAAUCAAAAGUGGAAAACAUUCUGCAAGAUGUCGAGAAGUUCUCAGACAUCGAAAAGCUCUACCUCUACCUUAAGUUGCCUUCUGGUCCCAGCAGUUGCACUGAUAAAAGUGACCAGAGCGCCCUGUCGUCAAGCCGCACACAGCAGAUGCAUGCGUUCAACUGGAUCCGCAAUUAUUUAGAGGAAUAUCCAGAGACCUCUCUUCCCAAACAGGAGGUCUAUGAUGAAUACAAGAGCUUCUGUGACAAUCUCAAUUACCACCCACUGAGUGCGGCAGACUUUGGAAAAAUGAUGAAAAACGUCUUCCCGAACAUGAAGGCGCGUCGACUGGGCAUGAGAGGAAAAUCUAAAUAUUGCUAUAGUGGAUUAAGAAAGAGACCCUUUGUUCACAUGCCGCCAUUACCCACACUGGAUCUCCAUAAACCAGCAGAAGGACUGCAGUGUGAUGUCCUGGAGUCACCGAACCAGCUGAGCAGCAUAAAGGAGGAGGUGCGAUUUGCUGCCUGUGAUCUGGUGUGUGAGUGGGCCCAGAAGGUGCUGAAACGCCAGUUUGAUGCUGUGGAAGAUCUGGCUCGCUUCCUAAUCGACAGCCAUUACAUCAGCAACAAGUCUCUGGCAGCUCUCACCAUUGUGACUGGCACAGCAACAGAGGUUAAGGCUCCACAGUCGGUGUCAGCAUUCAUCCCCACUGCCGAGGCUCACUCCUUCCAGCCUCAGCUGUCGUCGCCGUCUGUCGAUGCAAAGCAGCAGCUUCAGAGGAAGAUCCAGAGGAAGCAACAACAGCAAGAACAGAGGCUGCACUCACCUUUGCCUGGAGAGGGACAAACCAAGAGGGCAGACGACAGUGUGCCUUGUGGUAGCCCCACCCCUCCCUCACCUCAGCCAACCAUCGGCAUUGUGGUCGCUGCUGUCCCGAGCCCCAUCACAGUGCAGAGAAGUGGGCAGCUGAUGGCCCCAAGUCCAGUGGGAACAGCGGAGAGCAAAGUGCUGCCUAUCAAUUUCCAGAUGGUGACGCAGCCAAUGAAACAGAGCCUGAAAAGCCUGCAAAGUUUUCUGCCCAGUCCCGCGGGAGAGCGCAAUGCUCGGCAGCGCUACGCUCAAAUCCUGCCCAAACCUUUGGCCACGACCGCUAUCACCUUGCACUCGCCCUCCACCAUGAUCCUUGCCAACAGUAGCCCAAUUAAAACUGUGAUGACUACAUGUCAUGUCAGCCCAGUGAGUUUGGUCAAGAUGACAGCUAUAUCGCUGGCACCCAACAGCAGCAACACCACCACCACCACAUCGCUUACUAAUACAACUCUGCGGCCGGUAUCUGCAGGUAUCAGCGGUUCUGCAGUUGCGGAAGACAUCAGCUCCAAUCAGACCACGAGGAGUGCUUCUGCAGUCCCCAUUCUGGCCCCGGUGGCCAGGCCUGGGCAGGCCUCUGGCAGUAUUGACAUUGAAAUGGAAGUUGAAGCUAUACAUAAAAACAGCCAGAUGCAAAAUCCCAUCAAUCUAAUUUUUACUCAAGGAGCAAUGGCCAAUAGAAUGGGAGGGGCUGUGCAGAGAGCUGCCAGCGUGCCAAUUCCUCAGAAUAAAGAUUUCCUGGGUCUGGAAGAAACAUCUAUCACUAAAUACGACUACUAUGGAAAGUCCUCAUCAAGCAAUUACAAUAUGGCAGAAGUUGAUAGCAGCAAUAGUAGCGCCAAAAAUACCACCAUUUUGCACUUAACUCCCACCCCUCAGAAUACCAGCACUGUUUCUUUGCUGAACACCAGUGGCGCACCUUCUUUUAGGGAAAGCAGUUGUGUGACAUCAACAAGGGAAGGUUUCUCGUCCACUAAGAGCCUCAGGAAACGCUCGGGCAUUAGCCCAGAACUUUCGCCAGUCAAAAGGGCUUUUAUGCCCCAGCAGCCAGUAGGGGGCGGUGUUGGUCUUGGAUAUGGAUUCAGAAAGACGGUCGGUUAUGUCUCCAGGCCAGGAGCCCCAGCUAGACCUGAAAGUGCGCCUGCCACCAGGGAGGUGGAAGUGAAAAUGAACCCUGUCUUGACCACUCAAGUCCAAUCACUCUGCACUUCCUCCUUCAGACCCAGUGGCUUUUACUCUGUUGCCAAAACACAGGGCUUACUCCAGAGGAAAAACACUUCAACUGUUAUGGAAACUAGUGGUUCAGUCAGUCACGCAUUAAUACAGCAACAGCAGGGGCACACAAUGGCUAACGUGAAUGUCAUACCUAAUAACCCCAGCCUCCAGCAACAUCCAGGUGAUGGUAGGAUCUCAAACUCAAGUACAGGAAGCCUGGAGGGAGCUCAACAACAGACCUACGCUCAGUCCAACCUUGCCAACGAAACCUUGGAGUUUUUGGGUCAAGUUUCAUCAUCCAACCAGCUCCCUAUGCAGACAGACAUGGACUACUUUUCCUUUGAUGAUGAUGUGACUCAGGACAGCAUUGUGGAGGAGCUGGUGCAGAUGGAGGAGCAGAUGAAACUAAACAGCAUGCGUGCGUUUGGAGAAUGUGUCACACUGCAAGGCAAGCCCGACAACAUUAUGUCCCCUAAUCAGUCAAUCAAUUUCUAUCACGCUGCAAACAACAGCACCAACCCGAUCCAUACUCCGACCCCAACACCCACUCCCACGCCAACACCUGAGAUGAUGGGAGGAACUCACAGCCUCACUGGGGAGAGUCCCUGCUCCCGCUUUACCUCCACAACUCCGGUGGACAGCGCACUGGGAAGCAGUCGUCACACCCCAGUUGGUACUCCACACUCCGGCUGUAGCAGCACUGUGCCUCCCAGUCCAGUAGAGUGCAGGAACCCCUUUGCAUUCACACCCAUCAACUCCAGCAUGACUGGUUUCCAUGACGGCAGCACGGUCUCCAGCAGCCCCGUGAAGCCCAUGCAGAGGCCGAUGGCCACCCACCCAGACAAGACCAGGCUGGAGUGGAUGAAUAACAGUUAUAACAGCAGCAGUGGGAGCUUAAACAAAUCAAACGGUGGAAUGGGAAUCCUCCCCAGUUAUCAAGGCCUGAUAGAUGACCAUUUUCAGAAACCUCACGCCUUUGCAGUCCCUCAUGCACGGCACCUCGACAGCAGUUUUGGCCGCUUGACUCCCAUCUCGCCUGUGCAGCAGCAGGUAGCUAACAUGGCGAACAUGACCAAGCAGGAGGGUUUUGCCGUGCCUGCCCCACUGGAUAGUAAAACCACCGUACCGGCUACAAAUUUUCGAUGCCGCAGUGUAAGCCCCGCUGUGCACCAGAGGAACUUCGGUGGAAACACUGUAAACAGUUUACUUCCCGGUGUCCUUCGUUCAAUGGCGUCUCCCUUUAACUCUCCCGUGACGCCUGAGAUGUUGAACAUUUUUGCGAACAGCCAGACAAAUCUUGGGGCGAGCAGCAUGGCUCAGCGGAGCCGCUCUGUGCCGCUCAACAUCAUGAUGCAGACUGAGGUCCUGCCUGCACCGGGCCAACAAUGCAGCAACAAAAACAUCACCAAUGUCCUUCGGAAGAAGCUGGAUGGUGAACGUGACGAUGCUUUGCGGGGUCUGGGCAUCAGUAAUUUACCUUCCAGUUACACUGCAUGUAUGAACCUCACCCAGAUCCUUGAGUCUGACCCCAGCCUUUCCUGCAAUGACAACCACCUCAGCAUGAUGACCUCUGACCCCACCAGCACAUGUAAGUUGCAGAGGCCAGAUUACCUUAUAGAAAAUGCCAUCAAUGAAGAAAUGAUUCUCUCUGCAAGUGACAGCCGACUCCAAUCAGUCUGUGGAGAGCAUCGGCAGAACCAGUCCAUGUUGUUGAGUUUGAACCCACUGCAGCAGCAGCAAGAAGAACUACAGCAGCAUCAGCAGCUGGAUUUCAGCAGCACUGUCAAAGACCUCCUGACAGAUAACCGACUCUCUGCGGGCAAUCGGCUCAUCGAACAGGUGUCGGAGCUGACUACAGGCGGGGCAGAGUUCCCAUGUGGAAUCAGAAUGACAUCGGAGCUCUCGAGUAGCUUCAAUGAUCUCAAUGCUUUGGACCCAAAUCUUCUGUUUGACCCCAACCAGCAUCAAAGCCAAUAUCAAAACACUGCCGCAGAGGAGUUGGUGAAUGACCCGCUGUUCCAGCACAUUACCAGCGAGACGGCACAUUCAAGUGGACUUGACUGGUUAGAAAGCAAAGAUCAAACCACAGUUGGAUUGAUGGGUUGAGAAUAGAGCUGUUUAAAAUCCUAUCCAUCAUAUAACUUCACGGGGUUGCUGUUUGUUUUACUUAUUUCAGGGUAUUUACACUUUAUGAUGCAACACUGGACACAUUGAGGUUUGUCCAGUUCAAGUGCCAGGCUGAACCGCAAAGAUGCUGCAAUACUGAUUAAAAUGCUUGUUAAUGUCCCUUUAACAUAAAAACAUCACCUCAUAUUGUUUGAUCAAGUGCAUUUCUAAAAGGAAAACCGAGGUUCCUCAACAAGCCUAAUCCUAAACCCCUUUUUAUUAUGUUUUGAUUCCAGUCAGCGAUUAAAAAAAAAAAUAAAAAAAACUUAAAUAACAUAACAGAGCCUUGAAUAUAUUUGUGUAAAGAAAUGUUAAAAUUCAGGAAACUACAUCAUAAUCAGUUCUUAAUCAAAGGCAUUUUUAGGUGUCAGUCUGGUUUCAGUGCAUUUUCUUUAGCUGGAAAAGAUAUUAACAACCAGAUAUGUUAAUAAUACACACGUACAGUUUAUAGAAAUAUCAUUUUGCGAUAAAAAUGCAACCAAAAGCAACCAUGUAUAUCAAUUUAAUAUAUUCUUAUGAGCAGUCAUUGUAAAUAACAAAUGUUCUAACCAUGUAUCUAUCAUAAAUGAAAUAGUGGAACAUAUGAAGGUUAUUUGGUAAUACUUGUAGUACCAGAACCAUAAAAGAAAGCGAUGCAAGUAAUAUAAUUGUCAUUCCCUAACGCAUCACAUUUCUGGUUAUCGUGUCCUCAUUUUUCAAACUUUGAAAUUUUAUUAUUUUAUUAUCACAGACUUUGAGCCAUGAAUUUGAAGAGCCAAGUCAACCUCUCUUCUCUUAAUCAUCAAAAGAUUCAAAAAUAUGAGCAAAACAAACUUAGAAAUAGCUUAAUCAUAAUCAUAAAGCUUUAAUGAAUCACUUAAGUUUAUAUGCAAAAUCUUUGAUAAUUGUUUUAUCCAAAGACCUAUUUAUUAAUAUCAGUAAUACACUAUAGAGUUGUUUAGUGUGGACACAUUAAGCCAAGACCGACGGCCUCUGUCUUGCACUGAGGCCCUAAACUAAUCUUUAUUAAUGCAUCUAUAUACAGAACAUGUGUUUGGUAGUUAUGUCACACAGAGCAUUGUGAUGGAUUAUGAGAUUUAUAUUAAUGUUGUAGUGCUUCAUACAACAUCAGUCAAAAAGAAGCAAAAGAGGAGGGUUUAAUCCCAGGGGAAAGGGGAAAAAUAUGCACCCAAGAAUUCAACUAAAGCCUUUGAAUGGGAGGGGGGGGGGUCCUGCGCUUUUAAAGUAUGCAUAAUUGGAAAUUAAAAAUAUCAAUUUUUCUUAGCACUCAUUAAAUGCAUCAUUUGUAUUGUGUGCCAAUUACUUCUUUAAAUUGAAAUGAAGGUUAAAGGAACGCAAUUAACACUUUAACUCAUCGUACUGCACUGACAAUCUGCAAUACUUCACAGAAAGGCAUUGUGUUUUGGGGAUUGGGCGUUUUCACUGCAGCCUGUAACAGAACCACUGAUCAAAUGUCCUGCUUUUACGCUGAUGAUGAGCAGUGUCUAAAGAAGGGAUUUCAACCACUGAGGGUUUUUGGUUUCUGAGCCUUAAGUCCAUACCAAAGAUCUUGUGUGUCUAAUAUAAAAUGGAAAAAUUGGGGAUGUUUGCAGCACUGAUAAAUAUUUGUUUCUAAAAACUAGUGCGAUAUUAAGAUUUUUUGUUUUGUUUACUAUUGAUGAUGCUUUCUUACACCCAACAGGCUUGAAAAAGAGGAGGCAAAAAACUAAUUUAUUUGUGAACUGUUUCUCUAUGUUAGCAUUAGCUCCCAUGGGUUAACUGUUGGUCACUAACUUUAUUUGUUGUACAGAUUGUCAGUGUGGACAGUUGUCUGGCGUGUUUUUGUUGAGGUUUAUUUAUGUAGAAUAUGUUGUUUGUACAGAAGGUGUAACCUUUCAAUCCAUAUAACCUUGUGUAUUCACAAUAAUCUGACUUGCACUGUUUUGUAGCAGAUAGUACAUUUGAAAUGUUGUUGUACAUUACCACCAUGAUUUUCUCCCAAUAUAUUUAACUAAACUCUCAAGAUUCAGCUUGUUGUUUAAAAAUUUUAAUCCUUUUUUUUUAGUUUAUUUUUUGCAGGGAAUCAUCCCAGAAAAGAUUUGCACGAGGUUUGAAAUUAAAAAAAAAAAUUAAUAUAUGGCAUAAUAUCAAUUUCAUGAUAUAUUACCUAUGCGGUUCAUCAAAUCUUUGAGUGUGUUCAUAAAUUGAUGUUUUAUACAGAUUACAGAACUUUAAACUUCUGUAAAAGCAGAUUAUUUCAUUGUGAUAUAUUAUUUCAUUUUGAGUCUAAUUAAAUUUUGAGUAUUCGAGACAAACUUUUCCUAUUAUUAUUCAGCUUUUGAAUCCGUUCUCUCAGUUUUGAUGUGAAACUGUGUCUGUGAAAACAUUUGCAUUUAUUUUUGCUAGCUCUGAUAUUUGUGCUUAAUGAAGACGUUACCCUUCCUCUUGUUGUGAGUAAUUCAGAGCUGUAGAACUGCCCUCCACUGUAAUACUGCUGUGAUCAGGGAAAGAGAAUUUCUUAUUUUUAUUUUGCAUUUUAGCAAGUGCUUUUAUAAGGGGAAGUGCUUGUUGAUACUGAUUUUUAAAAACUUUUUAAAACUAAUAAACAUUUUUAAGUACAUCACUAUCCUGGAGUUGGUGUUUCAUACAUAUAUAUAAAUAAACUGACAUAUUGACUGAUGACUGCCCAAAUGUUUCUGUAGACCUCCAGUGUUAAAGCCAAAAGUAGCCUCACUGAUUAGAUUUUGGUUGUCAAAGUUCAAAGGUCAAAGUUGAUAUGACAAAACCUGAUUUUUGAAGAUCAGAUACUAUGUAAAUUUACACAUUUAAGUAGUGUAAUAAAGAACAAUUUUUGUA